GGCCUCGCGGGCUCACCGAAUGGACUGGGCGAAUGGAAGCCAAAGGUGGAGUCGGGGGAGACCUCACUCCACUCUCCCCCUAGUCCCGGGGCCCCGAGUGCCAUUCCUACCGCGUCUUCUGCCUUCUCCACGCUCAGCCCUUCCAGUGCCACUCCCAGCCAGCGUCGGUGGGUCUCCGCAGCCACGAGCGCCAAUGACUCCUUCGAGAUACGGCCGGCCCCCAAGCCAGACGUGGAGACCAUCCCGCCGGGGGACCUUCAGGCCAGGGCCCUGGCCAGCCUCCGUGCGCACUCUCGAAACUCGUUCGUGUUCAUCCCCAAGCGCAAGGUCUCUGGCAGCCCUCCUCCCCAGGGGAGGCAGUCCGUGCAGCUGCAGGAAGGAGAGGUGGGCCAGGCCUUCCAGAGCCCCAAGCAGGGAGGCCAGCUGGUGCCCGAAGCAGAUGGCCUGCCUGCCCUGGGGAGAAGUCCCUUGGUGGAGGUGCAGUGGGCAGCUGAGGAGAGGGACUGCCCCAGGCCCAGCCCUGCCCUUGCAGACCCGGCUGUGGGGUGGCAGAGGCCGGCCUCACCACCUGCCUGCAUGCUGGCUGCAGCAGCUGAGCCUGCUCAGGGCAGCGGGGCUCCCAGCUUGGUCCGGAAUGGUCCGGAACUUGCGAGGCCAGGGCUGCCUAUCACCUUCAUCGACGAGGUGGCCUCAGAGGAGCAGGUUUCCCAGGAAGCCAAACUGCCUGACUCAGGGAUCCACACGCCUCCUCGGUACUGUCGGCAGCCUGCUGGGCCUGGGCAUGCCGCAGGGCUCCAGCAGCAGGGCAGCAACACCUUCACAGUGGUGCCCAGAAGGAAGCUGGGUGUCCUGCAGGAGCAGUACUCGGGGCAGGCCAACGGGGAGCCCCAGCCACAGGUGACCGAAGAAGAGGGGCCCUGUGCCACCCUGGUGACGGCCCCGAAGAAGCGCUACCCCACCGUGCACGAGAUCGAGGUGAUCGGCGGCUACCUGGCCCUGCGGAAGUCCUGCCUCACCAAGGCCAGUUCCUCGAGAAAGAAGAUGAAGAUUUCCUUCAAUGACAAGAGCCUGCAGACCACGUUUGAGUACCCUUCCGAGAGCUCCCUGGUGCAGGAGGAAGAGGCAAAGGCGACAGAGGAGACAGAAGAGGAGACGGAGGAAGAAGAGGAGUCGGAGCUGGGCUCAGAGAAGCCCUUUGCACUCUUCCUGCCCCGGGCCACCUUUGUGGGAAGUGUGGGAUCUGAGAGCCCUCGGCUGCCAGGUGGCAGUUCAGGCUUGUCCAGCUACACUCCAAAGCACACCAUGGCCUUCAGCAAGUGGCAAGAGCAGACACUGGAGCAGGCCCAGAGUGAGGCGGAGUCUCCACCCCAGGAGGUCAUGCUCACGCCUGCCAGUCGGAACGACCACUCAGACUUCUGCAGCGAGCCAGCCCUCCACUUCUGAGCCCAGAGCUGCCCGGACGCUGAGGCAGGGCCACGCCCUCGGCGCCCCAACCGCGACCCUACCUCAUGCCCCUACCGCCCUGCCCUUCCCUCCCUGCUCCUUCCUGUGCUGGCCCAUUUGGGGUUUCCAAGGAAGAGUGGAGGUGGCCUGUGGCCAAUGUCCUACUGGAUGGUGGCCUCUCCGGGACCAGGUGGAGGAGCAGACUCUGCCCUGAGGCUGUCCUGUCACUUGCCAAGCUCGCCUUGCUGUGUCUGCUGUGCCAUCGUGUCCAGGAAGGGCUGCCUGUUCUCCGCAGGAUCUCAGAACCCCCCCCACCCGUCUGUAUCCCCCCAUGGUGAAGCUCAGCCCCUCCACCCCAGUCCUGUCUGUGCCCCCAUGGUGGAGCUCAGGCCCCCCUUCAUGAAGGCAGUAGUUCUCGUCUCUGACGGAGUCAAUAAACAGUGGAAAGGCC